AUCCGCACCAUGUACCUGGGGAUUCAGAGCCAGCGGCAGAAGGAACACCAGCGACGCUUCUAUUGGGCUAUGAUGUACGAAUAUGCAGACGUCAACAUGCUGCGCCUCCUGGAGACCUUUCUGGAGAGCGCCCCGCAACUGGUGCUACAGCUCUGCAUAAUGAUCCAGAAGAACAGUGCUGAGACGCUGCCCUGUGUCUCCUCUGUGACUUCCCUGAUGUCCCUGGCUUGGGUGCUAGCCUCCUAUCACAAGCUGCUGCGGGACUCCAGGGACGACAAGAAGAGCAUGAGCUACAGAGGGGCCCUCAUCCACCUCUUCUGGCGCCUCUUCACCAUCUCAUCCCGAGUUAUCUCUUUUGCCCUUUUUGCUUCCAUCUUCCAGCUAUACUUCGGGAUCUUCGUGGUGGUGCAUUGGUGCGCCAUGGCCUUCUGGAUCAUCCAUGGCGGGACAGACUUCUGCAUGUCCAAGUGGGAGGAGAUCCUCUUCAACAUGGUGGUAGGGAUUGUGUACAUUUUCUGCUGGUUUAACGUCAAGGAAGGGCGGACUCGAUAUCGAAUGUUUGCAUACUAUGCAAUAGUCUUGACUGAGAAUGCUGCCUUGACGUUGCUUUGGUAUUUUUACAGAAACCCCGAGACCACUGACUCCUAUGCGGUGCCAGCACUGUGUUGUGUCUUUGUUAGUUUCGUGGCUGGGAUCGCGCUGAUGCUCUUAUACUAUGGCGUGUUGCAUCCCAUGGGGCCUCGGGUUAAGGUCUUUGCCAGCUCCUGUUGUGCCGAGCUGCUCUGGGGCAUCCCUUUGCCCCCCGAUGUUGAGCCCAUGGCACCUCAGACCCCUGGGUACCGGGGGACCCAGGUCACGCCCACCAGAGCCGUGACGGAACAACAGGAGGAUCUCACGGCUGACACUUGCCUGCCCGUGUUCCAAGUGAGACCCAUGGGGCCCUUGACCCCGUCGGGGCGUCCUUACCACCCAGAAGGACCCCUCAUAAAGAUUGACAUGCCAAGAAAACGGUACCCUGCCUGGGAUGCUCACUUUGUAGACAGGAGGCUGAGGAGGACUAUUAACAUCCUGCAGUACGUCACCCCCACGGCAGUGGGCAUUCGUUAUCGAGAUGGGCCGCUUCUCUAUGAGUUGCUGCAGUAUGAGUCUUCGCUCUAGAGGAUUUUGAUCCAAGUUGAGAAGGGGACCUUAAGUUUGGUUGCGGUUAACGCCGCUUGCAAGAAAUAUAACCCUCCCUUCCCCAAUACACAGAACCACCACCACCACCACCACCACCACCACCACCACCACCACCAACACCAACACCAACACUAACACUACAAAAAAAAAAACAAAUCAAUAAGUCACAUCCCCUUCAGAUAAGCUUUCUUUCCAGUCGCUGUAUGUAUACAAAGAUAUUCUCUAUGUUUUGUAAGUAAAAACAAAAAGAAAAUCUUUCUUUUGUUUUUUACACAUAAGAAACAGUAUUGAAAAAUCCCACACUAUGGUUCAUAGGGUGGAGAAGGAGUUGUCUCCUCUCCAGAAGAAAAAAAGUUUUAUACCUUACACCAAGUAUAGAUCAUUUAUGGGAUUGGUGCUGAUUGAAAGAACAAAACAAAACAAAACAAAACAAACACAAACAAACAAACCUUCAACUGCCUUACGCCCUUAGGUGCUGAGUUUCAUUAAGUACUGUCACACUUUCUCAUGCAAACCUCUCUGGUGACUUUUGCACCAGGAGAGGGAAAAUUAAAUAAUCAAAUGAAACAAAUCUACCAAUGAAACAAAAAACAACCAACAAAUACAAUACAAAGCAUCAUUCUUCCUAUCUGAUUAUUUGUAUUGACAAAAACAAAUUUACCCAAAGCAAAAGCAUAGAAACCUCCCUGUCCUUCAGUUUCUCUUCUUCCUCUCCUGCCCCUUCCUACUUCACAGAGCCUUUUAGGAGCUAAAGGGCUGUUUGAAUUUCAAAUGGCUGGAACAGCUACUUGAAGGCUAACUAUGUGCCAUUUUAGCAUUCAACUAGCAAGAAUUACAUGUGUUUCCCUGUGAAAAGCAAAACAGAACAAAACAAAAAGGCACCUUCGCAAUUUGGUAAAUUCUAAAAGCAAAUAAAGGAGAAUUCCAUAUAUUCCAUCAAAGAGAAUCAGUAAUAAUAAAACUCAGCAUAGUAGCAAAAA